UGUGUCCUGCAAUGAAAAAUUAUAUUACCGUUAUAUCAAUACACGUGUCUUCUUCAUUCCACUUCUUCGCCUUCUCCUUCUCCUUUCUCACCUCACUUUUCUCGACUCACUUUCCCACUUUCCACUAUAUCUUUUGCCCAACAUACCCUUUUUACUCUCUUUUAAGCUAAUCUUUGUACUCAAAAUCUUCAAUUUUCCAGAAUUUUGAUCAGUAAUCUCAAAUGGGGUUUCUUUAAAAUCAACAAAUGUUGUAUAUUUUCUCUUCUAUUUGUGUUAUUCUAGUGAAAAAUCUGAUAAAGGUUAUGUUCUUUUACCAUUUUUGGCCAAUUAAUACCCACCCUUCUACUUUCUCUGAGCUAAUCUUUGUUGUAAAAAUCUUCAUUUUUUCAGAAUUUUAAUCAGUAAUAUCAAAUGGGGUUUGUUUAAAAACAAUAAAUGUUGUAAAUUUUCUCUUGAAUUGUGUUAUUCUAGUGAAAAAUCUGAAGAAGAUCGCAUUUUUUGUACAUUUUAUGACCAAAUAAUACCCCCCUUUUUCUCUCCCUCUCUCAGCAAGAAAUAGCCAAGUUUUGAGCUGAAAAAUCUUCUCUUUUUUCUGAGAAAUGUUGUAAUUUUAUCUUGAAUUUGUGUUGUUCUAGUAAAAAUCUGAAAAGGGUCGCUUUCUUUUUUUUGACCUUUUAUGCCAAAUAAUACCAGAAAUAGCCAACUUUUGUGCUGAAAAUCUUCAAAUUUUCAGAAAAAUGAUGUGAAUUUUGUCUUGACUUUGUAUCAUUGUAGUGAAAAUACGAAAAGGGUUGUUUUCUUUUUACAGUUUUAAUGGAGAUUUAUUCAUUACUUAUAAUAUUUUUCAGUUUCAUUGUUGGUGUUGUAGCUUCCACUGAGUUUGAUUUUGGUACUUUAACACUUAGUAGUUUGAAGUUAUUAGGUGAUGCUCAUUUAGGUAACAAUACAAUAAAGUUAACACGUGAUCUUGAUGUGCCAAAUUCUGGUGCUGGAAAAGUUUUGUAUACAAAACCAGUCAGAUUCCGGCGACCGGAUCUUGAUUUUCCGGCGAGUUUUUCAUCAUUUUUCUCAUUUUCGAUUAGUAAUUUGAAUCCAUCUUCGAUAGGUGGGGGUUUAGCAUUUGUGAUCACACCAGACGAUGAGUCGAUAGGGGAUCCUGGGGGUUAUUUGGGAGUUAUGGAUGCAAAAGGAGGGCAAAAUGGGAAUAUUGGAGUUGAAUUUGAUACACUUAUGGAUGUUGAAUUUAAGGAUAUUAAUGGAAAUCAUGUGGGGUUGGAUUUGAAUUCAAUGAUAUCAAGUGAAGUUGGUGAUCUUGAUAGUAUUGGUGUUGAGUUAAAGAGUGGUGAUUUAGUGAAUUCUUGGAUUGAUUAUUUUGGUUCUAUAAAAAAGUUGGAUGUUUAUGUUAGUUAUAGUAAUGUUAAGCCAAAAGAACCAUUUAUAUCUGUUAGUAUUGAUAUUUCUGAGUAUGUAAAUGAUUUUAUGUUUGUGGGGUUUUCUGGUUCAACACAAGGGAGUACUGAGAUACAUAGUAUUGAAUGGUGGAGUUUCACUUCAUCAUUUGAUACGAAGGCGGGCGCGGAGGGGCAUCCUCCGCCCCCGCCAACAGCUAGUUUGAUGAACCCCACGGCCAAUGUCGCCACAUCGCCUCCGCCGGAGCAGAUUGCUCCGGCAGAGUCUAAUGGCACUGCGAAUGCAGUGCAGAAGAGCAGUAGUAAGUGUCAUAGCAGUUUUUGUAAACAAGGUGCUGGUGCUGUUGUUGGUGUUGUAACUGCAGGGGCAUUCUUUCUAGCUUUUGCUACAUUGGUGCUAAUUUGGUUGUAUUCAAAGAAGUUCAAGAAUGUGAAGAGUUCUGACACGAUUACGUUGCCUUCGGAUAUUAUGAAAAUGCCUAAGGAAUUCAGUUAUAAGGAGCUGAAAAUCGCGACAAAGGGGUUUGAUGCUACUAGGAUUAUAGGUCAUGGUGCAUUUGGUACUGUGUAUAAAGGGAUUUUGUCUGAGACUGGUGAUAUUGUUGCAGUAAAGAAGUGUAGUCACAAUGGACAAGGGAAAGCUGAGUUUUUGUCUGAGUUAUCGAUAAUCGGAACACUCAGGCAUAGAAAUCUUGUUAGGCUACAAGGAUGGUGUCAUGAGAAAGGUGAAAUCUUGUUAGUUUACGAUUUAAUGCCAAAUGGUAGUCUUGAUAAGGCAUUGUUUGAGUCCAGAAUGAUCCUUCCGUGGCAACACAGAAGGAAAAUCUUGUUAGGUGUUGCUUCUGCAUUAGCAUAUUUACAUCAAGAAUGCGAAAACCAGGUGAUUCACAGAGACAUCAAGAGUAGUAACAUUAUGUUGGAUGAAGGGUUCAAUGCAAGAUUAGGUGAUUUUGGACUAGCAAGACAAAUCGAACACGACAAGUCCCCCGAUGCAACGGUAGCAGCAGGUACAAUGGGGUACUUAGCACCAGAAUACUUGUUAACAGGUAGAGCAACCGAGAAAACCGACGUCUUUAGCUACGGCGCAGUAGUUCUUGAAGUGGCAAGUGGUAGAAGGCCAAUUGAGAAAGAAACAACACCACCACCAACAAGUGGACUAAACAGCAACUUGGUUGAAUGGGUGUGGGGAUUACACAAAGAAGGCAAAUUACUAUCAGCAGCUGAUUCAAGAUUGAAUCUUGAAUAUGAUGAACAAGAAAUGACAAGGGUGUUGUUAGUUGGUUUAGCUUGCUCACAUCCUGACCCUAUAGCUAGGCCAACAAUGAGGGGUGUGGUCCAAAUGUUAGUAGGUGAGGCUGAAGUUCCAAUUGUGCCAAGGGCUAAACCAGCAAUGAGUUUCAGUACAUCACAUUUGUUAAUGACAUUGCAAGAUAGUGUUUCUGACUUGAAUGGUAUGAUCACACUUUCAACUUCUUCAUCAGACAGUGGCAUGGACAUAGUUUAGUACAAAAAUCAAGAAAGGUGUUUUGGAUAUUUGUUGUCUUUAUGUCAUCUUUUUGUUUUGCCUUUUGUUUAUAGAUUCAUUAAUUUUUUUUUUAUUUUUUUUUAUUAUUAUUAUAUGUAUGUAACAAAAUAAACUUCACUUAUAUAAUUAAUAUGCCCAUAUCAAAAGGGAUUUUUGCACUUGUUCCAAAUUUUCUACUUUUAUGUGUUACCUUACAUGUACUCCUCCUGCUCCAAUUAAGUGAUAUUUCUUCUUUUUAGGUCUAUUUAAAAAGAAUGUCAUUUUUUCUAUAUUUAAAAAAAAAAAUCUAAUGAGUGAAAUAUUCUUGUUCUUAAUGACAUAAUUUUACAUAAGGAACCUUGGAAUAACGGUAAAAUUAUUUUCGUGUGGUCCGUCCUUGGUUAUCAUUGCGGUGAAUGCAUGAUGCUUCGUGGAUUAGGUUGUCCUCUUUGAGUGCGGUCCUUUCUCGACGCUUGAACGCUUGAACACUUUGUGAAUCAC